AUGCUUCGGGUCUUGCUCCUCGGUGUGCUGGCUCCCGCAGGCCUGGGUUUCCCGGCGUCCUCUGGUCCGCAACCCCGCGGCAGCCAGUGCGUUGAACACGACUGCUUCGCGCUCUUUAGGGGCCCUGCGACUUUCCUUGCUGCCAGCCAGGCCUGCGAACGCCUGCAGGGCCACCUGAUGACCGUACGAUCCUCGGUGGCGGCCGAUGUUAUCUCCUUGCUCCUGAGCGGCGACGGCGGUGACAGCCAGCGCCUCUGGAUUGGCCUGAUGCUGCCGCCUGGCUGCCAAGACUCUGGGAGCGUCGGGCCCUUGCGCGGCUUCCAGUGGGUUACCAGCGACAACCGCACCAGCUACAGCAGGUGGGCUCGGCCCGACCUCGACCCAACGCCCCUCUGCGGCCCGCUGUGUGUUGCUGUCUCAGCGGCCAUGGCGUCAGUGCCUGGUGAGCUGUCCUGGGAGGAGCAGCCGUGCACCGCAGAGGCUGAGGGCUUCCUUUGCGAGUUCCACUUUGCGGCCUCUUGCAAUCCCCUGGGCGCCGCAGCGAAUGCCAACGUCUCGGGCACCUACAUCACCCCGUUCGGGGCCCGUGGCACGGACUUUCAGGCGCUGCCGGUAGGCAGCUCUGCCUCUGUGGCGGCCCUUGGCUUGGAGCUGGUGUGCGCAGCACCUCUGCGGGGAGCAUCAGAGGCGCGCUGGGACCGGGCGACCCCCGGCGCCUGGGACUGCCGCGUGGAGAACGGUGGAUGCGAGGGCUUGUGCAACUUGAGUGCGGGACAUCCUCAGUGCCUCUGCCCCGCCUACGGUGCCUUGCAGCCUGACGGGCGCUCCUGCUCUGUGCGCGGAGCUCACUCGUGCCAAGACCUUUGCGAGCACUUCUGUGUCUCAAACCCUAAUAUGCCUGGCGCCUACAUGUGCAUGUGCGAGACAGGCUACCAGCUGGCGGCAGACCAGCAUCGGUGCGAGGACGUGGACGACUGCAUGCUAGAGCCCACUCCAUGCCCACAGCUCUGUGUUAACACGCAGGGGGGUUUCCAUUGCCACUGCUACCCCAACUACGAGUUGGUGAACGGCGAGUGCGUGGAGCCUCAGGACCCGUGCUUCGGGGUUAACUGUGAGUACCAGUGCCAGCCCCUGGGCCAAGCUAACUACACCUGUGUUUGCGCGGAGGGUUUCGUGCCCAGUCCCCACGAUCCUCACAGGUGCCAGAUGUUCUGCAACCAGACCGCGUGCCCAGCGGACUGUGAUCCCAACAACCUAGACCACUGUCAGUGCCCCGAAGGCUACAUCUUGGACGAGGGCUCCAUUUGCACAGACAUCGACGAGUGCGGCGAUGGCGACUGCCCAGGCGAGUGCAUCAACCUCCCUGGAAGCUUCAUUUGCACUUGCGGCCCCGAGUCGGCCCUCCCUGGCCAGGCUGGCACAGACUGUAAAGUGAUCCACAGCGACGACGAUGGCUCUGGGGAGCCCCCGGCCAGCCCAGCGCCCAGCGCCACCUCUAAUCCCCCAACCUCGGGACCCGUGCAUUCGGGCGUUCUCACUGGCAUCUCCAUCGCUAGCCUAUCUCUGGUAGUAGCACUUUUGGCUCUCCUCUGCCACCUGCGCAAGAAGCAGGGAGCCUCGCGGGCAGAGCUCGAGUACAAGUGUGCCGCCCCUGGAAAGGAGGUGGUACUGCAACGCGUGCGCACAGAGCCAACGCCUCAGAAACUCUGA